UCAGCUCCCGCCCCCGGGGGCGGUGCCCGCGGCGUUUCCCCGGCGGCCGGCGGCAGCGGCGUUCCGCGGCCCCGCGCCCUCCGCCAUGGCGCCGCCGCCGCCGCCGCGCCCGGUCCCGUCCGCCGCCCGCCGCCGCCGCGCGCUGCCGGCCCAGCGGCGCGCCGCCUGUUAGCCCCGGCGGCACCCCAAGCCGCCUCCCCGAGCCCCCUCCCCGGCGGCGGCCCGAGCCGCGGCGGCGCGGCGCCAUGAGCGCGCGGCAGCCGGACGCCCCCGCGCUGGAGCAGGGCGGCGGCGCCCUCGCGGGCAAGAUGUCGCUGCCGCUCGGCGUGCCGCGGCGGGCCUUCAGCUACGACGACGCCCUGGAGGACACGGCGCCCAUGACGCCGCCGCCCGCCGACCUGGGCGCCAACGUGCUCUGGAGGCAGCCGGUGAUCCCCGAGCGCAAGUACCAGGAGCUCGCGAAGGUUGAGGAGGGGGACGCUCAUGUGAAUGCACCAGUCAUAACGCCUUCAUCUUCCACUGAAAGUGUGAACAAGGUACCUGUGGUGAAGGCCAAGGCCACUCAUAUCAUCAUGAACUCUCUCUUCACAAAGCAGACUCAGGAGAGCAUUCAGCGCUUUGAGCAGCAGGCAGGGCUGAGAGAUGCUGGCUACACUCCCCACAAAGGCCUCACUACAGAGGAGACAAAGUAUCAUCGAGUGGCUGAGGCAGUCCAUAAGUUAAAAAUGCAGAGUGGAGAGAUGACAAAAGAAGAUAAACAGACUUCCUCUGCUCAGUCCACUCCAAGCAGCACUCCCCACUCCUCUCCCAAGCAUAAAAACAGGGGUUGGUUUAGUCAGGGAGCCUCCGCUUCUAUCACUGGCCCAGACUUUGUUGCCAUGGAAGCUGGUGGGGACAGACUGUCAUCUGAAAAAUGGAGCUUUUUUGGACCCAAAGCUAUCCAGAAAUCCACCAAUGAUCCAGGAGGAUUUACCAUCCAGUCCUAUAAGGGUGCCCAGAAGCCAUCCCCAAUGGAACUGAUGCGUGCCCAGGCAACUAGGAUGCCGGAGGAUCCAGUGACAUUCAAGCCACCCAAAAUGGACAUUCCAGUCACAGAAGGGAGGAAACAAUCUCCACGUUCCCAUAAUAUCAAACCCCGGGAUCUGAAUGUGCUCACUCCAACGGGGUUCUAAGAAGGAUGCUUCUGGUGUCUUUAGUGGAUUAAAGGGUGUCUUAGGCUAUGCUUCCCUAUCUCAUUGUGCUGCAGUAAAAUAGGAAAGUCUCUCUUCCAGUUCUUCAUCUCAGUAAAGGAAACGGCUGUCACUGUUCCUCUAAAGCCAACCCUGAAUCAGUCUUUGGUUUAGUACUAGCACAGGAGUUUUUCAAUGUAAACCAUCCUGUCUGCUGUAUCUGCACCAAUUCUGUCUGUGAGGCUGCACUGGGAGACAUGCUGCCCAGUACAGUACACUACAGUAAAACCUUGAACCAUGUUUUGUGGGAGAGGACAGCCUUGUGGUGUGCAAGUAGACUGGCUUGUCUACCUGUUGUCUAGUUGUCUUGUCCUGCUCAGUACUGAAGUAUUCUCAAGAGGACCAUUGUUCUGACUGGCAUGCACAACACCAGCAGAAAACGAGGCAAAUGCAAGCCAGGAAUAAAAUGGACCAUUAACUGGCUGAAAGAACUUACUCUGGGAAUGUGGUAGGUUGACUUUAUACAUGGAAUUCCCUUAUUUUCCAGUGUCACCUUAUGAUAGUUCAACACCUAGUGCUUAUUUAUUUGUUCUUGGAUUUUUUUUAAAGGAAAAGCAGACAGUGACCAUUAUUAUUAGAAAGUCAAGGAGCAGAACCUAGUGGGUUUGGCAGUAAAGGGGAAGAACAAGUGCUUCUCUUUUAACUCUUAAUGUUCCUCUAAAAAAUGAUGGAAAUGACUAGAGUUGGUGUGGCUUGAACCAAGUAACCCUCCCUCUUUCCUUCCUGAAUUCCUGCAAAACAACACUGUCCUGCCUCCCUGUAUAGAACAGACUUAACAGUAGUUUUGAUGCUCUGGAUGCUUCUUGAUUGUUUCUUAGCAUCUUGUAGGAAUCGUGUAGAAGUGUAUUAGACACACCAGUGGCACUUCUCAAAUAGGGUCUUUUGUUUCAUGAGUGUUAGAUGCAAUUUGCCAGCCUGAGGCAGGAGUGAGGGGCAGAUUAAGGUUAAAUGUUCCUCCAUGAUAUAUUGAUAGAGCUAUAUAUUUUUUUUUUGGCCUAGUCUUGCAAAUAAUUGCUGGAACAGCUACCACUUGCUAUUCCUUCCUGGAAAAUUGGGAAAGAAACUCUUAUGUACCAUCUAAUCCCUUGAGCAGUGUAGGGAGGGAUGGGUAUAAUCUCUGCCUGUCUGUGGCAAGCAGGUCUCUUCUGUUUCUUGAUCCCAUGAUUGCAUGUAUUACAUUGCUCCCUCAGCCAGCUGCAGGCUUUUGGUAGCAGUGAGGGGGUAGUCUUGCAUCUGGCAUUAGAAGCUUUUAUGUUACAAGCACAUUAUACAGAGGUAGCUUAACUACUGGUAAUCACUGAGCCCUGGGGUUGCUGCCUGCUCAAAACAAGCAUUCCUGCCCGGGGUGAGUGGCCAAGGUACUUGGCUAAUUGGUAUCCCCCUCUGAAGAAGUAUGUUUUGUGGCUCUGCUCCAUCUCAAGCUUUAACAGCAGCGCCGACAGUGUAUUGUGUUGAAAGCCUCCUACCAGCCAAGCAGUUGUCACUGUCACUAAUCAUUCACAUGUUUGCAAUCAGAGAAUCUCUGGUUUGACAUUAAUUUAUUUGUGGUCUGUAUUCAUGUCUAUGUCCAAUUUUGUUUGUUACAAAGAAAAUAAAAUCCUUGUGAAUGGA